AUGCCUCCUGAUAAGCAAUAUAGACGAACCAAACGACGGAAUAAGCAUUAUUCCCCUGCACUCCGUUCCUACCAUAGUUCUAGCUCAGGAUGUAGCUGUAGAAGCAACUCGGAAAACAGUGAGGCUGUGAGUUAUAAUAGUGGUAGUGAAUAUUCUUCAAGAUCAUGGGCAUCACACGGAUCGCAUCGUGAACCGAGGCGACGCCGCGGACGAACACGCUAUAGUAGAGCAAGAAGUCACCGGAAGAGAUACCGUAGUUCGUCUUCAUCAAGAUCUGAAUCGAAUGAUGACGUGCGACGAGGUAGUAGCAAUUCUCGUCGCAUGCAUGGUCGUCGUUACCGCUCACGGUCGUGGUCAGACGGUUCCUCUAAGUCGUCUUCGUCGUCGUCAUUGAUUCCAGGAACACCAGAUUUGAAGGACCGCCAGCGCCGCAGAUCUCGGCGCCACCGCACCCGUCGUAGCGAAAAUACGGGCUCUACGCGGCGUUUGGAUAAUAUUAACCACUUCCUACGUGAGGAAGCACCAAAAAUGCAGCCCCCUGUCGUUCCCGAUAUUGCGACUGGCAAGCAGGCGCAGGUGUUGGCGCCAAAGGCACCGUAUCCGCUUGCUCUACCCCCCUCAACCACUGUCGCGCCUAGCUCCAGCGCCCUGCAAAUGGGCAUCUCUUCAUCGGCAGCACCGAGAGAGCCCUUGUCGCCGCUUCCCGUUUAUGCCUUGGAUGGUACUUUGAAGGAAUCAACGCGUGCACCAGUCGAGACGACUACGCCCGGCGAAGCAGCCAACCUCCCUCCCCCUAUGAUAGAGGAUGAGCAGGCCUACGCGCAGUGGCUACGCGGUGGAAGGGUGCGAACACCAACGUUGUCGAUGGGCCAUAACACACCCUCUCGAAUAGACUCCGCGGUGACCCCUGCGACAGGGAACUUGAAAACCAGCGUUGGCGCAUCUCCUACGUCAGCUGUCACCCCGACCAUUACCACCGACUGGAAUAAUGUUCAAUUUGAGACCCCUUUUUUCGUGGUGACGGACCUGAACGCCUUGCAGAAGGCUCCCGAGUUGAUUUUGACGCGAAAAAGGGGUGGCGAGGUAGAACCCGCUGCGGGGACCCCACGCUCAAACGGUAACAGAGAGGUUGAAGAUGCGCCCAGAAUUUGCAAUAAGGGGCUCGAGUCAGAAUCAAAACUAGUCAAUUUUGAUGAGCUUGACGUUUCCUUUAAGCAAUCCUUUAUGACCGGCAAGGUUCAUCCUAAGCCUCCGUGGUACUUAUGUGCGUUGGAGAAGGAUUGCCGUGAGCACCCCUACUAUAUUCAAUGGCUGGAUACGCUUGAGUUAUCAUCGUCGUUGGAGGAACAGCUUGCGCGGUCAAGGGUACGUGUGAGUAAGAUUGCAGCACAGGGUAGUAAAUCGUAA